AUGCAAACUUGUAUCGCACAACAAUGUCUUGUCAUCAACACAUUCCCAGAGACCAAGAUGGGAUCCCUGGCUCGCCUCUCAGCACCAAAAGCCGUGUCCUGGAAGGCGGCGCCAGCAUGGUUCAAGAUUUCACAUCUCAGGCAGUGUCUGAUAUACGACUCCACCAAGCAGAAUGCCCGGUUGAUCGGCGUUGAGUAUAUGAUUUCGCCGCGCUUAUUCGAGACCCUCCCGUCCGAGGAACGCAAACUAUGGCACACGCAUGAAUUCGAGGUCAAAAGCGGCAUGUUGAUUAUGCCUGCUCCAGCUGGAGUGCCGAAGCCUGCUUGGGAAGCAGCGGAAACAUCAGAGAUGAGGGAGGUCAUUCUGCUGUACGGAAAGACGUAUCAUUUUUGGCAAGCGGACAGGGGCGAUCCCCUUCCCUUGGGCGCUCCACAGCUCAUGGCUAGCUUCACAUCUGAAGACAAAGUCAAGCUCGUUCAACCGAAGGGUCUCGAUGGGUUACUUGCGGGGAGGGACGAGGCGUUUGGGGUUGAUUAUAAGGUUAAGGCAGAGAAGAGGAAAGAUAUUGAGCCGCCCAACCUGAGUCCUGAUGCCGACACCAUGGUGUAG